AUGAACGCAGCUACUCAAGACGAACAAGCGAGGGCAAGUAAAGAGGUUGAAUCUCGGCUUGCAUCCACUAACAUCUUCCAGGCGACCCGGCUGAUGCAAACCUUGAUCGAGCAAGAAGCUCUUCUUGCGGACUCUCGGCGGGCAGCAAAGAACAUGAGCGUCAACGGCGUCUCGACGUUAGACUUCGAAGACAUGUUCCCCAAGCCUGAGAGCGCCGAAAGCAUACUGCCGAAUGGUAACGGCAGCGACGAGCUCUUGCAAUUGACCGAGCACCGACGCCAGCAGACGCAACAGCCGCAAACACCAAUGGAGCACUUUCUUGCAAUCAGUAGCUCCUCGGAUUCAUGCGCGGUGUACUCCCGCCUUCGAAUGGCCGAGAUGAAGAUCCCAGAAGGAGUUCAAGAACACGCAAGCAUCAGAGUUAGUCUAGUCCAGAAAGUCAGCACGCAGCAUGCGGACUACCUUGCAGCGCAGCGUGUGAGCGACUCCAGAAGAGUUGGGGCGUCCAGUGAGGUGUCGAGGGCGAGAUCUGAGCCAACGCAGAGGAGGACAUCACAAGUGGCACUAGCAGAGGGUGCUUGCCCUGCGGGUGAACCAACGGGCACCUGCUCCUGUGCAGAGGGCGCCCAUCAUCAUGGUGCGGCGGCACGAUCGUGGACGCCAACCGCAAAUCUUGGUGGUAACAGGCGAGGGCGGCCUCCCGGAAUGGAUGAGGCCCUGGUCGUGGCAGCCGUUCCUGGUGGUUGUUGUGGGCUGCGCUUGGACCGUGCCGCAAGCCACGAAGUCACUAAUGCAGCCCAUCGAAUAUUCUUAGCUGCUUCUUACACCUCUCCUGCAUGA